GGUGGAGGUUUGCCCGACUAUUGACGUCUUCUUGUUGGGUGGAAGUGGAGACUCCAGGAUGGAGAGGGAGAGAGCCUCCUUCAUAGGUAGAGGCCGUGGGAUGGAGGGAAGAAGGUUUCUUAGGGCAUCGGUGCCAGGAGAGGUGUGGGCGUGCUUGUGGAUAAACUUCCUGUUGGAAGGACUGAACUUUGAGCUGAUGGUGGCCUGGUCCCCUGGCUGGAUUACCUUCCUGCCCCACACCUUGUUUACUCUGGCCCAUCUCCACCACCCAGUCUAGGGCAGAGGGCCUGAACGAUCCCUAUCCCAAGGACCUGACACCCUCUUCCCGAGACCUAACGUUGGUCCUGGAACAUUAUAGCUGCUUAAUAAUCGAUUGACUGAGAAGGGCAGAGAAGAGUCAGAAAGGGCAUCAAUGGCAUGGAAUUGUGCUUUGGAGGAAGGCCAGCGGCCUCACACUUGUGUUCUGCUACUUUUUCACCCAGUCAGUCUCCAUUUCUUGAGUGCCUACUGUGUGCCGUACAUAGUUAGGCUUAGGUGGAAGCUAGUGCUGUCCCUUGUUGCCUCCCCUUGCAAGUCCUGCCUCCCCGACCUUGGUACCGUGCCUCCUCCAGGCCCCAGCCGCUCACCUUCAAAGGCUUCAGUUACAGUUUUCCUGGGGCAUCUCUCGGUAGCCUCUCGCCUCCGGUCACCUCUGCCUGGCCACACUCUGGCUGUCAGUGCUGCUGGCCUUGGUCCAGGGACUGGCAUGUGGGACAGCCCGUCCCACAGGUCCCUCCCGGGGAGUUCUGGGUGGAGCAGCCGGGAGGCCGGGACCUGAGAGAAACCUCCCUGCUGAGGGGUGGAGUGCUGGCUCUGUUUGCCUAGUGUCAGGAAGACUAAAGGCUUCCUAGCCGUGCUGGGUCACUGACUCGGAGGGCAAUGCGGGGUGGGCUUUUUGGAGUGCGGGAGGCUGUUCCUCUGCCUCUUGGAGUCCGGGGCUGUCUGCAGCCAGACGCAGUCCAUCUGGAGCAGGCAGAGCCGAGAGGCAGGAACCAACCGAGGCCUCCAACGGAUCUGCUUUCCUGACCUGCUGGCCAGAUUCCAAGCUGCUGGCAGUUAGAUCCUGAGCCCCCCCACCCCCCCGGACUCUUGGGGUGCUUUGGUCUCCCCAGGGAAGGGAGUGGUCACCGGGGUGUGUGUCGCGCUGGGGAGCAGGGGCCCGGUGCUGAGCAUCUGUAAGCCUCUGGGGGUCCACCUCUCACCCCCAAGACACCGACCAUGUUUAACUUGAUGAAGAAAGACAGAGAUGGGAGCCGGAAGGAGAAGAAGGAGAAGAAGGAGAAGAAGGAGCGGAUGUCGGCAGCCGAGCUGCGGAGCCUGGAGGAGAUGAGUCUCAGACGUGGCUUCUUUAACUUGAACCGCUCCUCCAAGAGGGAGUCCAAGACAAGGCUGGAGAUCUCCAACCCCAUCCCCAUCAAGGUGGCCAGUGGCUCGGACCUGCACUUGACCGACAUCGAUUCCGACAGUAACCGGGGCAGCGUCAUCCUCGACUCGGGCCACCUGAGCACCGCCAGCUCAAGCGAUGACCUCAAGGGCGACGAGGGCGGCCGGCCCUCGGUGCUGCAGCGGGCCGCCAAGUUCGGCUCCCUGGCCAAGCAGAACUCACAGAUGAUCGUCAAGCGCUUUUCCUUCUCCCAGCGCAGCCGCGAUGGCAGCGCCUCGGAGACCUCCACGCCCUCGGAGCACUCGGCUGCCCCCUCGCCUCAGGUGGAGGUCCGGACGCUCGAGGGCCAGCUGGCACGUCAGGCCGGCCCCGGCGCCUCCUGGCCCGGCUUCAAGACCCGGGGCCCCGAGCUGGUGAGCAAACGGUUCGCUGCUGACCUGCGGCUGCCCGCCGUGGCGCCCCUUCUACCUCCCCCGCCCCGGGAGCUGGAGCUUCAGAGGCGCCCCACUGGGGACUUUGGCUUCUCCCUCCGGCGAACGACCGUGCUGGACCGGGCGCCUGAGGGGCAGGCCUACCGGCGGGUGGUGCACUUUGCUGAGCCCGGGGCGGGCACCAAGGACCUGGCCCUGGGGCUGGUGCCCGGGGACCGGCUGGUGGAGAUCAACGGGCAGAACGUGGAGAACAAGUCGCGGGACGAGAUUGUGGAGAUGAUCCGGCAGUCUGGAGACCAUGUCCGGCUCAAGGUUCAGCCCAUCCCGGAGCUGAGCGAGCUGAGCCACAGCUGGCUGAGGGGCAGCCUGGGACAGCAGAGGGAACCCACUGACGUUAAAGAUGAGGACAAGAUUAUUCUAAAGGCGAGUCCUCUUGGAAAAGAAGAGAGGACUUUAGAGGGUACCACGAAGGACAGAGCCUCCCCACUCAGGAGCCCAGUGCCCGAGGAGACCUGCCAGAGACCCAGUAGCCCUGCCAGUGUAUUGAAUGGUGACACCUCUGUGCCUUCCAUGAAUGGCCUGGGGACCACCUCGCCUGAGCCCCAAGUGGAGGAGUCUCAGGGAGUCUCCUGCAAACGGGUGGCAAAAGCUGUGAGAAAGGUGGUGAACAAGGUGCUCCCUGGGGAGGAGCCUGGAGCUGCCAAGGAGCCUCCAGCCAAAAGUGUCAAGCCUCCUGAACUCCCUGCCUAUGGCAAAAAGGGGGGCAAGGUCCCUCAGGUCCCUCCCGCCCCCCCGCCUCCUCCCCUCCACUCAAAGCCUGAAGCCAAGAAGGAGCCGGCCAAGGAUGAGAUCUCCGUGGGCCUUCGGAGCCUGAUGUCUCGGGGCAAGGGCAAAGAACAUAAGCCACGGAAUCGGCCAGCCUCAGAGAAGGCGGGGGAGAAGUCCACGGCCCAGAAAGGGGAUCCAGCCAAGAAGCCAGACUCCCCAGCAGAGCCCGGCUCUGUGAAAAAGCCGUGCUCCCCAACUCCGCCAAAGGAGGAACCAGAUAAGGUCCCGGAUGUUGUCCCCAACCCUGACCGCACUCCAGCUGAACUUCCCCAGGUGCCAGCCCCUGGCGUCCAGCAGGAAGAACUGCCCGGGCCGCCAGCCCCCAGCGUUCAGCAGGAAGAACUGCCCGGGCCGCCAGCCCCCAGCGUCCAGCAGGAGGCAGGACCCGCCUCGGAAGCCCGGCCCACCCCCGGAGAGGAGGCUCACGAGCGACUCGAGAGGAUCUUCAUGGCUUCUCUGGACCCUGAGGCCGUCUCCGCUGCCCAGAACCAGGCCAAGACAGAGGAGCAGAUUGCCGCUGAGGAAGCCUGGCACGAGACGGAGAAGGUUUGGCUGGUCCAUCAAGAUGGCUUCUCUCUUGCCAGCCAACUGAAGUCAGAGGAGUUAAGUCUACCCGAAGGCAAGGUCCGAGUGAAACUGGAUCAUGACGGAACCAUACUGGACGUGGAUGAGGACGAUGUGGAGAAGGCCAACGCCCCAUCCUGUGACCGACUGGAAGACCUGGCCUCCCUGGUGUACCUCAAUGAGUCAAGCGUCUUGCAUACCCUUCGCCAGCGCUAUGGGGCCAGCCUGCUGCACACCUAUGCCGGCCCCAGCUUGCUCAUCCUCAGCCCCCGAGGGGCCCCCGCCAUGUACUCGGAGAAGGUGAUGCACAUGUUCAAAGGAUGCCGGCGGGAAGAGAUGGCGCCCCAUAUCUACACCGUGGCUCAGACGGCCUACCGUGCCAUGCUGAUGAAUCGCCAGGACCAGUCCAUUGUCCUGUUGGGCAGCAGUGGCAGCGGCAAGACCGCCAGCUGCCAGCACCUGGUGCAGUACCUGGCUACCAUCGCGGGCACCAGUGGGAACAAGGUGUUCUCUGUGGAGAAGUGGCAGGCUCUGUACACCGUCCUGGAGGCCUUUGGGAACAGCCCCACCAUCAUGAAUGGCAACGCUACCCGCUUCUCUCAGAUCCUCUCGUUGGACUUUGACCAAGCUGGCCAGGUGUCCUCAGCCUCUGUUCAGACUAUGCUGCUUGAGAAGCUCCGAGUCGCCCGGCGCCCAUCCAGUGAAGCUACCUUCAAUGUCUUCUACUACUUGUUGGCCUGUGGAGAUAGCACCCUUAGGACAGAGCUGCACUUCAACCAUCUGGCAGAAAACAACAUUUUUGGGAUUGUGCCCUUAUCCAAGCCCGAAGAGAAGCAGAAGGCGGCCCAGCAGUUCAGUAAGCUGCAGGCUGCCAUGAAGGUCCUGGGCAUUUCCCCCGACGAGCAGAAGGCCUGUUGGUUCAUCCUGGCUGCCAUCUACCACCUGGGGGCUGCAGGUGCCACCAAAGAAGCCGCUGAAGCUGGACGCAAGCAGUUUGCCCGCCAUGAGUGGGCACAGAAGGCGGCCUAUCUGCUGGGCUGUAGUCUGGAAGAGCUCUCCUCUGCCAUCUUCAAGCAUCAGCCCAAAGGUUCCCUCCAGCGCUCCACCUCCUUCCGCCAGGGCCCCGAGGAGAACAGCUCAGGAGACGCCACAGGCCCCAAGCUGAGCGCCCUCGAGUGUGUGGAAGGCAUGGCCUCGGGCCUGUACUCGGAGCUCUUCACGCUGCUGGUCUCCUUGGUGAACAGGGCCCUCAAGUCCAGCCAGAAUUCCCUCUGCUCCAUGAUGAUCGUGGACACUCCUGGCUUCCAGAACCCGGAGCUGGGGGGCUCGGCGCGAGGGGCCUCCUUCGAAGAGCUGUGCCACAACUACACCCAGGACCGGCUGCAGGCCCUCUUCCACGAGAGGACCUUUGUGCAGGAGCUGGAGAGAUACAAGGAGGAGAACGUCGAGUUGGCAUUCGAUGACCUGGAGCCGGCUGGGGUUGACUCUGUAGCUGUCGUGGACCAAGCCUCCCACCAAGCCCUGGUGCGUUCCCUGGCCCGGCCAGAGGAGUCUCGGGGCCUUCUGUGGCUGCUGGAAGAGGAGGCAGUCGUGCCAGGCGGUACCGAUGAGGCUCUGGUAGAGCGACUUUUCUCCUACUACGGCCCCCAGGAGGGAGACAAGAAAGGACAGAGCCCCCUCCUCCGCAGCAGCAAACCUCACCACUUCCUCCUGGGCCACAGCCACAACACCAACUGGGUGGAGUACAAUGUGGAGGGCUGGCGGAACUACGCCAAGCAGAACCCAGCCAUGCAGAAUGCCCCCCGGCUCCUGCAGGACUCUCAGAAGAAGAUCAUCAGUAACCUGUUUGCGGGCCGGGCCGGGAGUGCCAUGGUGCUCUCGGGCUCCAUUGCGGGGCUGGAAGGGGGCUCGCAGCUGGCACUGCGCCGGGCCACCAGCAUGCGCAAGACAUUCACCACCGGUGUGGCCGCCGUCAAGAAGAAGUCUCUCUGUAUCCAGAUCAAGCUGCAGGUGGAUGCCCUCAUCGACACCAUCAGGAAAUCAAAGGUGCACUUUGUUCACUGCUUGCUGCCCGUGGCCGAGGGCUGGGUGGGCGAGCCACGCUCGGCCUCUUCCCGUCGGGUCAGCAGCAGCAGUGAGCUGGACCUGCCUCCCGGGGAGCACUGCGAGGCCGGCCUCCUGCCGCUGGACAUAGCCCUGCUGCGGUCCCAGAUCCGGGGCUCUCGUCUGCUGGACGCCCUUCGCAUGUAUCGCCAAGGUUACCCCGACCACAUGGUGUUCUCGGAGUUCCGGCGCCGCUUCGACAUCUUGGCGCCCCACCUCACCAAGAAGCACGGGCGCAACUACAUCGUGGUAGACGAGAAAAGGGCAGUGGAGGAAUUGUUGGAAUCCUUGGACCUGGAGAAGAGCAGCUGCUACAUGGGCCUGAGUCGGGUAAGUGGAUGCGGGCAGAGAAUUCGGACCCAGCGCCUCGGAUCCUUCCCGGCCGUGGGCCCGACCCGCGUGCUGAGAGAGCUCCUGUACUUGCAGAUCCAGGACCUGGCCAUUCGCUGUGUGCAGAAGAACAUCAAAAAGAACAAGGGGGUGAAGGACUGGCCCUGGUGGAGGCUGUUCACGGCCGUGCGGCCUCUGGUGGAGGUGCAGCUGUCCGAGGAGCAGAUACGCGGCAAGGACGAGGAAAUUCAGCAGCUUCGCAGCAAGCUCGAGAAGGUGGAAAAGGAACGGAACGAGCUUCGGCUCAACAGUGACCGGCUGGAGACCCGAAUCUCAGAGCUGACGUCGGAGUUGGCAGAUGAGCGGAACACCGGGGAGUCGGCCUCCCAGCUCCUGGAUGCCGAGGCGGCUGAGAGGCUCCGGGCGGAGAAGGAGAUGAAGGAGCUGCAGACCCAGUAUGACGCCCUGAAGAAGCAAAUGGAGGCCAUGGAGAUCGAGGUGAUGGAGGCGAGGCUGAUCCGGGCUACAGAGCUCAAUGGGGAGAUGGAUGAUGACGAUGCGGGUGGGGAGUGGCGCCUCAAGUACGAGCGGGCCGUGCGCGAGGUAGACUUCACCAAGAAGCGGCUGCAGCAGGAGUUUGAAGACAAGCUGGAAGUGGAGCAGCAGAGCAAGAGGCAGCUGGAGAGGAAGCUGGUAGACCUGCAGGCCGAUAGCGAUGAGAGCCAGCGGACCCACCAGCAGCUCAAGAAGAAGUGUCAGCGGCUCACGGCGGAGCUGCAGGACACCCGGCUUCACCUGGAGGGCCAGCAGGUCCGCAACCAUGAGCUAGAGAAGAAACAGAGGAGGUUCGACAGCGAGCUUUCCCAAGCCCACGAGGAGACCCAGCGGGAGAAGCUGCAGCGGGAGAAGCUGCACCGGGAGAAGGACGCCCUCCUGGCCGAAGUCUUCAGCCUGAAGCAGCAGAUGGAGGAAAAAGACAUGGACAUCGCAGGCUUCACACAGAAGGUGGUCUCCCUGGAGGCGGAGCUCCAGGACAUCUCUUCUCAGGAAUCCAAGGACGAAGCCUCUCUGGCCAAGAUCAAGAAGCAGCUGCGCGACCUGGAAGCCAAGACCAAGGACCAGGAAGAGGAGCUGGACGAGCAGGCGGGGACCAUCCAGAUGCUGGAGCAGGCCAAGCUUCGACUGGAGAUGGAGAUGGAGCGGGCCAGACAGACACACUCGAAGGAGAUCGAGGGCCGAGAUGAGGAGGUUGAAGAGGUCCGCCAGUCGUGCCAGAAGAAGUUGAAGCAGAUGGAAGCUCAGCUGGAGGAGGAAUAUGAAGACAAGCAGAAGGUUCUACGGGAGAAGAGGGAGCUGGAGAGCAAGCUCACUGCCCUCAGUGACCAGGUGAACCAGCGAGACUUGGAGUCUGAAAAGCGCUUGCGGAAGGACCUGAAGCGGACCAAGGCCCUGCUGGCAGACGCCCAGAUCAUGCUGGACCACCUGAAGAACAGCGCACCCAGCAAGAGGGAAAUUGCCCAGCUCAAGAAUCAGCUGGAAGAGUCAGAGUUCACCUGUGCAGCGGCUGUGAAGGCGAGAAAGGCGAUGGAGGUGGAGAUUGAAGACCUUCAUCUCCAGAUCGAUGACAUCUCCAAAGCCAAGACCGGGCUAGAGGAGCAGGUGAGCCGCCUUCAGCGAGAGAAGAAUGAGAUCCAGAGCCGGCUGGAGGAGGACCAGGAGGACUUGAACGAGCUCAUGAAGAAGCACAAGGCUGCUGUAGCCCAGGCUUCCCGGGACCUGGCCCAAAUGAAUGACCUCCAGAUUCAGCUGGAAGAGGCCAAUAAGGAGAAGCAGGAGCUUCAGGAGAAGAUGCAGGCUCUCCAGAGCCAAGUGGAGUUUCUGGAGCAGUCCAUGGUGGACAAGUCGCUGGUGAGCCGACAGGAAGCCAAGAUCCGGGAGCUGGAGACGCGCCUGGAGUUUGAGAAGACCCAAGUCAAGCGUUUGGAGAACUUGGCGGGCCGGUUGAAGGAGAACAUGGAGAAGCUGACAGAAGAACGCGAUCAGCGCAGUGCUGCGGAGGGCCGGGAGAAGGAGCAAAACAAGCGCCUGCAGCGGCAGCUCCGCGACACUAAGGAGGAAAUGGGAGAGUUGGCCAAAAAGGAGGCCGAGGCCAGCCGCAAGAAGCACGAGCUGGAGAUGGACCUGGAGAGCUUAGAAGCGGCAAACCAGAGCCUGCAGGCGGACCUGAAGCUGGCCUUCAAGCGCAUCGGGGACCUGCAGGCGGCCAUCGAGGACGAAAUGGAAAGUGAUGACAAUGAGGACCUCAUUAACAGUGAGGGCGACUCCGACGUAGAUUCCGAGCUGGAAGACCGGGUCGACGGCGUCAAGUCUUGGUUGUCAAAAAACAAGGGUCCUUCCAAGGCUGCUUCAGAUGAUGGAAGCCUCAAGAGCUCCAGCCCUUCCAGCUACCAGAAGUCCCUUGCCCUCGACCGAUCAGACGAUGAGCAUGACCCCCUGGACCACGCCGGCCGAUCCCGAUACUCUCACAGCUACCUGAGCGACAGCGACACGGAGGCCAAGCUGGGGGACUCCAGUGCGUAGCCCGUGACAUUUGCUCCGAUGUCCCUCUCCCAGCGUGGCUUGCUACAGUCAAACGCCUCUCCCAAAGGAUGCUGGGGCUCACGCCUCCCCGCCCCUCAAUCUGCACCAUCAUUUUGCAUGGGAAAGACCUAUUCCAGCCCCUUCUGGGGGGGGGGGGAGACACUCCGGAACAUGGUGGCUCUUUACCCCUGCCACGGAGAGACGGCAAGAGGAGAAGAAUGUCCGGAGAAAAACUCAGAAUCCUUUCCUGCCUCCUUCAGAGUGAAUCGACAGCAUGGCUCGGACAUUCCCCUUGGGCUGGGCGGGAGCAGCCUUUCAGCCCUCGGGUGCGGGGAGCCAUGCUGGGAUCGGACUUCUCCACUGGGACGUUCUUCAGUCGCUUUGUCCCCUGGAGGGAGCAGCCCCAGAUCCUUCCCUCUGGGGGGGAGGGCUUUCUCUUCUCAGUGCCUGCUGUCUUUUUUAUGUUAUAAUUUAAAUACCCUCCCAAGGCCAAGUCCCCAGGAAGGGGGAAGGAAGAAAGAGGCUUCAGUGAGGGAAGGGGGAGAGAGGUGUCGGGGGGGAGCCAGACCCCCAGCUUUGCCCUUCAGUUGAGCCAAAGACAAAAGUCCUUGUUUGCCCAACUGAAGAGGAGGGAGCCAGAUUGAGAGAGUGAAUAAGGUGGGCUCAGAGGGUUCCACGGGCCUGUGAGACAAGCUUAGACAGAUGUGCUUAUUCGACCCCCACAAAUGCACAGUGUGGUAAGUGUGGAUACAGGCUUGGGGCUUGGUCAAACCACCCCUCCCCUUGUUCCUGUGUCCCAGUAAACUGUCAUAA